CUGGCGGCUGAAGGCCGUACGCCCGCGAAUCAGGCUUCCUCAAGGAGCACCAACGCCAGUGGUGGGUCGAAAGGCGAACGAACGAACGACCAAACGCCUUGGGCAGUCGAUUACCUUGCCGCUCUAUCCAAGAAACUUCGUCAAUACGACAAGCUCGAACUCCAAGUACGAGGCUCCUCACUGGACUGUUCGCGUCGCCCAACCAACAGGCCUCACGACAGUGCCAACGGCAAGCGGGCAGAGAGAGAGGAGAUGAGGCCGACAACUUGACUAGAGGUACCGACGUGAUGGGAAAUCUCCUCUACAGCCCACUACGCGGCCACGCGACACCGCCAUCGGCCUUCUCCGCCCUCGUGCCCCGAGGGCUUCCAGCUUUCGUCUCAUCAAGCAGCCAGGUGCCGCCGGCACUGCUGUUGUUGCAUCCGGCGUCUACAUGUAAGUCACCUCCUCGACAUCGUCCUCCGAUUCGGAGCAGUGUCUCGUGCGGAGGGUGUGGUGGAGUCGGGAGGGAAUUUGCUCGCAGGAGGAAACAUCUUCAUCGUGCCUCAGCAGACCAAUCGUUGUUGCUGUGUUCACUCACCACGGAGGCGUCCCGCCCGUGCCCGGAGAACACACGUUCUCCGCGGCAAGACAGGGACAGCCGCGGCGACGCCAUAGCGCAGGCCACUCUGCGCUGGAUCCGCUCCACCGUAAUAGGGCUGAACCUCUGCCCGUGGGCAGCCGGCGCGCUUGUGGGCGGACAAUUGCGAGUCCUUGUGCACCCGGCGCAGCAGCCUCUGCCAGCCGCUACCGAUUACCAAGAACGCCUCCCUGGCAGCGAUGUAGGCGGCGGCGUGAGCAAGGACUCCGGCGCAAGCAGCGAUGCGGCUGAUCUGUUGGAGGGCUUGGUGGAGGUGGCCACCGGAGAGGCGGUUGCGCUGAGCGCCCUGGGCGGGGAGGCCGCCGCCAACGCCACGACGCUGGUCGUAGCGAGGCCGCCGCUAGCGCAAGGCUUUGAGGAGUUUCUUUCCGUGGCCGGGGCCGUGGACGAAUUCAUUGAUGAAUCGGGUUUGCGGGGCAAAGUCCAGCUGGCGACGUUUCACCCUCAGUACCGGUUCGAGGGCUCUGAGGAGGAUGACGCGUCCAACUACACAAAUCGAUCUCCUUACCCCGUGCUGCACCUGCUGCUGGAAGAUCAGGUGUCCGCGGCGGUCGAGCAGAUCAGCGACCCGGCUAAGGUGUGGGAGAGGAACGUUGACACCACGAGGAAGCUUGGCGUGGAAGCCAUGCGUCGUGGGGUAGAGGCGUGCCUUGUGCCCUCCUCGCCACCGCAGCAGACGCCGAAGGAAGCGAAAACAGACCUGGAGGAGAGGAACGAGCGAUGA